CUCCACAGAGGCACCAUCCAGUCCAUCUGAGGCACUUGUGGAAAAGAUUUGAAGCACAGAUACCGCUAGAGCCUGCUUGAAAAAUGGCCUCCAGGUAAGAGUUGCGAUGAUCCAGACCCGACCCACAGCAGAGAUGAAUGUGUCUGAUGAAUCCUACCAAAAGGAGGUGCUGCUGGGGAACUCUACCUGGGGCUACUCCUACUAUCAUCAAAACUACACCCUGAUCCCUCCACUAUCAGAGAAGGCUAGCACCUCCAAACCUGCAGCAUGCGAGCAGGUCCACAUCGCUAUCGAGGUCUUUCUGAUCCUGGGUAUCAUCUCACUGCUGGAGAACAUUUUAGUCAUCACAGCCAUAGUGAAGAACAAGAACCUACAUUCCCCCAUGUACUUCUUUGUCUGCAGUUUGGCAGUAGCAGACAUGCUGGUGAGUGUGUCCAACGCCUGGGAGACCAUCAUCAUUUAUCUUCUCAACAACAGACAGCUGGUGGUGGAGGAUCACUUUAUCAGGCAGAUGGACAACAUGGUGGACUCCAUGAUCUGCAUCUCUGUCGUUGCAUCCAUGUGUAGCCUGCUGGCCAUUGCUGUGGACAGGUACGUCACCAUCUUCUAUGCACUGAGGUACCACAACAUCAUGACGGUGAGGAGAGCUGGCUGUAUCAUCGGGGGAAUCUGGACCUUCUGCACUGGCUGCGGAAUUGUCUUCAUUAUCUACUCAGACUCCACUCCUGUGAUCAUCUGCCUGAUCUCUAUGUUUUUUGCCAUGCUGCUCAUCAUGGCCUCCCUCUAUAGUCACAUGUUCAUGCUCGCUCGCUCGCACGUGAAGCGCAUUGCUGCCCUGCCCGGCUACAACUCCAUCCAUCAGCGCACCAGCAUGAAGGGGGCUAUCACACUGACCAUCCUUCUGGGGAUCUUUAUCGUCUGCUGGGCUCCCUUCUUUCUCCACCUCAUCCUGAUGAUCUCUUGCCCACGGAAUCUCUACUGCGUGUGCUUCAUGUCCCACUUCAACAUGUACCUCAUCCUCAUCAUGUGCAACUCAGUGAUUGACCCGCUGAUCUAUGCCUUCAGGAGUCAGGAGAUGAGGAAGACGUUUAAGGAGAUCAUCUGCUGUUACAGUCUGAGAAACGUCUGCACGAACAUCUGUGCUCUGACUGGUAAGUACUGAGAAAUAGAAAAGACCAGUGAAAGGAUGGGUAAAAUGAACUGACCGAAUAUGACGCUGGAAUAGAAAUACUACUACCCGAGGACUGGUUCACUGCACUUUUCAGACAGUACAGUGUACCGUCAAACAAGCAACUAUUGAAAAGUAUAAGCUGGAAAGGAGACUGGAACAUUGAGUUAUCUCCUAAUGCGUCCACCAUGUACACAAAAAGGCGAGUUUACUAGAUGCAUUAUUUUAAG